UAUUUUCCCUGUGUUGUAUUUUCAGUUAUUGGGAAACUUUCUCCAGUGGUAUGGAAUCCUUUCAAACAAAACUCUGCAGGAGCUGUCCAUAGAUGGAUUGCUAAAUAGAUACAUUCUUAUGGCUUUUCAAAACUCAGAGUAUGGAGAGGACAGCAUUAAGAAAGCUCAAAGUGUAAUUGCUUGCUUCCCUAAGCAGUGGUUCACUAAUCUAACAGGAGACAAGACUAUUUCCCAGCUAGAAAACUUCUGUAGAUACCUUGUUCACCUGGCUGAUACAAUUUACAGAAACAGCAUUGGUUCCUCUGAUGUAGAGAAGAGAAAUGCAAGGGAGCACAUCAAGCAGAUCAUAAAGCUUCUAGCAAGUGUCCGAGCCCUGGAUCAUGCCAUUACUGUUGCAAAUGAUCACAAUGUAAAAGAGUUCAAGAUUCUAAUAGAAGGAAAAUAGACUUUUACCACCACUCAUUUUAAGCUUUAAAACCAUUCCUGAUGUGUAAUUUAUGUACAUAUGUAAAGUUUCUUAAACUGUAAAGUAUUGAUCUUUGUUUUAAUACAAAGUGCAUUCUUAUAUACAGCAUCCUUAAAAAUAAAAUCAUUGACUUCAUUGAAAACAGAAAUGGAAUCCCAAGGUUGUCAUCUUUCUAGAAACCAGAUUUUCCCUCAGGUUUCUCAAAAUCUUGUUCACAAAAAUACUUUGUGCCCUUAAUCAGUGGUCAUCUACUCCUGUUAAUUGUUCCAUGGUUAACUGGAAUGUAUAGAAUAGAUUGUGUAAUACAAUGUAUGCAUAUAUUUAUACCACCAUGUUGCUUUCACACUGGAUAUAGAGAUGUUGUACUGUUGCAACAAGCUUUUCAUUUGCUAAAAAAUACUUAUUUUGACAAUAAAAUGAUCAUAUUAUUGGUCAAAAGGGGUGGUAAAAGAUUCAAAUAUGUGAAAAGUCACAAGUUGAAGAGUAGGGACACAUUGAAGUGGAUCCUGACCUUUAAAAAGCAUCUGUGCAC